GGGUGUUUGGCGUUUCAUAGGGCAUUUUGCCAGUUUUGCCAGGUACUGGUCACUGCUCACUGGUGGGACUUCGUUGACUUCGUGGGUGUUUCAUGACAAAGGGCUGUCGGGCUGUUUCAACGGCUGCUUCUCGCGAAGAAAGUGAAAAACAAAUUGGUCCUGAUUUGAGCGGGAACAAGAACCUCGCUGGCCUCGCUGAUACACCCGGCUUGAAGUGUUUCACGGACAUACACGACUCUGACAGCACCCACACCUUGUUUGGGGACUGGUGAAGAAAAGCUGACCAUGACUUCCACUACCAGCAUCCUCGGAGUGCCACUGGACAAUGAAGAGCCACCGGUCAAGAAGGAGAAAACCAGUGAUGAACUGGAAGGUUCCACUGGUGCUGGUGUGAUGCCAGCAGUUGCUAUUAAGACAGAACCACCGGAGUAUGAGCCGGGCGAGGAACCUGGCAGCCCCAUUGGAUCUGUUAAGUCAGAGUCUGAAUAUUACGAGGAAGUUCGGGAGCCCAGCAGCCCGACGCCGGCCGUCAAGAUAGAGCCACCGGAUGUAAUGAAUCAGGAUUCAAUCCACUUGAUGGAUACAGAGCUGCCAGUUCCCGAAGGGAUGGAGCAACCUAGCGAAACAGCGGUGACCAUCAAGACAGAGCCGCAAGAUCCGACGGAAGGCGGUGCUACAGAGCUGUCCAUGGAGACCGGUCUGGAUGCUGCAGCUCUCCAGGGGGUCCAGCCCCAGCUGGUCCCCGUCGGUCCCGGCGGCCUCGGAACGGUGCUGGUCCAGCAGCCGCAGUGGGCGCCCCCCGCCGGCGCCGACGGAGCGCAGCCGGCCAACAUCAUCUAUUUCCACAAGGUGGAGCAGUACGGCGUCGGGGCGCAGCCCCUGGUGUCGACGCAGCCCGUCGUGGCGGUCCAACCCGGCGCCGAGCUGGACCAAACCGUCAUCUUGCCGGCGCAGCCCACCCGUCCCGAGUCGCCGGCGACCAAGAUGGCUCGCCUAGAGGCGGAGCUGGAGGCGCUGCGCCAGACGCUGUCGCUGGUCCACCGGCAGAAGCAGGAGGCGGAGGACCGGGAGCGCAAGAUCCUUUCGGGCCUCUCGGAGUUCCUGGAAGAGGAUCAGGUCCGGUGCCUGGAGAAGGAGAACGUCCAGGGGACCCUGUGGAGCGACAAGACCCUCGAGAAAGCCCUCAAGAUCUGGCUCUCGUGCGGAUCGCGCGGCUACAACGUGGUCCGCGAGGUGGGCCAGCCCCUGCCGUCCGAGCGCACGCUGCAGCGCCACCUGCAGAGCCGCAAGUUCCCGCCGGAGAAGCUCAACACCAUCAUGGAUUCCAUCGGAGUCUAACCUGCACGGCGCGGAAGGUCUGGCGGUCCGAUUUGCGCAGCACGGUGCGAUGUGCGUUUUGUCAUACCGUCGCCUCUUUGCGGAACGGCGCGCGCCGUCGUGGCACUUUCUUUGGGUGCUUCGUGGGCCCCAGGAAUCAUUGGUCUGGAGGUGUAAUGCCUCGACUGACACGUUAUGCCCCAUUUGUGCUAUUGUGUGUUACCGUGUCGUAGUGUACUUGACGCUGCGCACUACGACGCGUGUUCUUCAUUACGCUGCAUGUUGCAAUCUGUCAUCAAACUUGACCAAGUGUUCCCAUGGAAGAAGCUCAAGUAUCUUCUUUGGAGGACACUUGGGGAAGAAGCUUCUUUUGUUUUUUACUGUUUUGAAGUAGUUGUAUUUUGUCUCAUAGUCUGGCAUGCAUUCCGUUGCACCGUUUCUUAGUAAAGUACUCUUUCGCUGGCGCUUUUUCUUUUUAUGUUUCAUGUGCCGAGGGAGUUAUUACGCUCGUUCACACUUGACCUGAUGGUGUAGUGAAAGCUACGUGCUUGCCUGACAAAUCGACAGUCUCGCUUUCAUCACCUGGCCCCGCUCUGCAUGUGGAUAUGGGUAGGAGCAUGGUCGCGGUGGUCAAAGAAAGGCGUGUGACCUGCCUAACGAGCAUGUUUCUUUCGCCGCACUGUCGGCUUAGACAUGAAUGGAGUAUUGUCCCACGGUGCGACGCCUUGACUGAAUAUCAUGGCAUUAUGCCGUGUUUGGGCUAUGUAUUGCGUGCCCCGUGCAUGUAACCCAGUGCGUCUGUUUGCAACAUGCAUUGAAAUGCACAUCACAAUGUGCAUUGUGAGGCAUGUUACACUGCCUGCUGCAUUGCACAUACUUCAUUAUAGUGCAUGUUGCAGUCUGUCAUCAAUCAUGACUAAGUAGGAUGUGAGAGAAACUAAAAUGUGAACCCACAGAAAUGUGCUGUCACCCAACAAGACCGAUGAUCCUUGAGACUUGGGGAGCGCUUGAACAAGUGUUUGACGGCUGGCAAUAUAACGGCACGAACAGAAUGCACGAUGGACCGCAAAACUGGUGUUGUCUGUGUGAGCUGCCCUUUGCAAGGAAGCAAAGUGUUGUCUUCAGAAAAGGGAGAAAAACGAAACUUACCUCCUGCCCAGUACGACGUGCGUUGCGGUGUUUCGGCAGGGAAUUCGAAUGAAGUCUUUGGUACUUGAAGAGUCAGUUUUUGCAGUAACAUUACAAGGAGUCCCAGCUUCCGACAGGACACAGGUGAUGCUUGGAGCAGCGAAGGUGUGAUUAAUUCCGGGGUCGUAUCUCCGCUGUUCGCAGUCUCUGUGCGUGUGACUCUUUGUAGCCUUGUCACUUGGUUUCUGUUUUCGUGGAUGCCGGUGACCAACCCAACAUGCUUUCGUGGAAGGACUAGGUGUGAAGGUGUGGUCUGGCUCAUCCUUGAUGAGAUGGCACACUUCAGCCGUAAGCACCGUGCCACCUGUUCCUAUUGUGCAGUAUGGAAGUUUGUGGGCUCCCUUUGUUGCAGACGGCAUUGCAGUGUGCUUUGUAAACAGGAUUCCUUUUUGCUAUCUCCUUUUCUUAAUAUUUUCCCCACCAAACUUGGAAAAAUUGUUGCAGAAGUACUAAGCACGACUCCUCUUUUUCUGUCUGGUUUCAAGUGGUUUUGUGCAGCUUAUGCUUUAUACCUUUAUAUUCGAGAUACAAUGAAUUUUGUUGGAUUAGAGAAAAUCUUGUCCAAACGAUGUAAGCAGCACCUCGAGCCUAUCAUCUCAUAUUCAUUGAUUGUAUGAGUAUUUUUAUCAUUUUGUGAAUGCAGUGUAAUGCUUCAGAACUUCUGCAGUGUCCUUGGAUUUUUACAGGAAAAGGGUUCAUAAAGCUCCUGGGCCAAUAUAUUGUGAGUGCUCCAACGAGUUUGGUAUGCAAAGAGAGCAGAUUUCCCCAGUUCGCAUCUGUAUACUAGGUAGUUCCGAGUGCAAACGUGUCAAGUGCUCUGGUUCUUAUAUUAUCUGUCGUGUGCUCUACAGGUGAAUAAAGUUUUAGAACCUUGAA